AUUAUAUCCAUUCUUACCCCUCCGCCACCUCGAAAAGAAUCACCAAGGUUCGGAGCCCAGAGCCCAAAGCCCUUCUUCUCCCCUUCCCCCCCCCCCCUCUCUCUCUCUCUCUCCUGCAACUCCUCGUUGCAGCGAGGAUAACAAUAUAGCAAUCAUAGAUGAGCAGAGUGCGAGCUCGUUGACAGAGCUGCAGCGAAAAAUGGAGUCGUUUCCGGUUGCAUUGGUCUUCCUUGUUUUUUUGCUUUCCUCUUCUCUGGUUUCUUCUUUAAACUCAGAUGGUCUCUCGCUUCUGGCACUCAAAGCAGCUAUUUCAACAGACCCAACUCAUGCUCUUCGUACCUGGUAUGAAUCUGACUCCAACCCGUGCAACUGGUUUGGUAUCGCCUGCAACCAUGGCCGAGUGACCGAAGUCUACCUCCCCAACAAGGGUUUCACUGGUUACAUUCCUUCGGAGCUCGGCGCGCUCGUCCACCUUCGCAUUCUCUCGCUCGCCCAUAACAACUUCUCCAAGCCCAUCCCUUCUAGACUCUUCAACGCUACAGCCCUCAUCUCCCUCGACCUCUCUCACAACUCCCUCACUGGUCCCAUCGCGGAAGAAAUCAACUCCCUCAAGUCCCUCAUUCAUUUGGAUCUUUCUUCGAAUCUCCUGAAUGGGUCCCUCCCGGAUGGUCUCGGCGAGCUUCAUCAGCUCACCGGAACCCUAAAUCUCUCCUACAACCAGUUCACCGGCCAAGUUCCUGCGUCGUUCGGGAAGUUUCCGGUGUCCGUGAGCUUGGAUCUCCGGCACAACAAUCUAACCGGAAAAGUACCACAGAUCGGAUCUCUCUUAAAUCAAGGUCCAACAGCUUUCACCGGAAAUCCCAGUCUCUGCGGAUUCCCGCUACGAACUCCAUGCCCAGAGGCUGGAAAUCCUAGAAGCCCUACCAAUGGCAUAUACCCUGUAAACCCCAAGGACGGUAACCCUGCUAUCCCCAAUGGCGUGAAUCCCGAGCAGAACGCGAAGGCGCGAAGUGGGAGCUCGUUUGCUGUUCCGAUAAUCUCUGGCGUCACGUUCGUAGUUGGAGCCGUUUCGGUUUCGGCGUGGCUCUUCCGGAAAAAAUGCAAGUCCGGAGAUGUCAAAAUGGGGAAAGAGAAUUUGGACAGAGAGGACGACGACGAUGAGCAGAAGGGCAAGUUUUCGGUACUGGACGAGGGUUUCGGGUUGGAAUUAGAGGAUUUGUUGAGGGCAUCCGCUUAUUUGGUGGGCAAGAGCCGGAGUGGCAUUGUGUACAAGGUGGUCGUCGGUGGUGGUGGUGGAGGGUCCGGCGCAGCGACGGUGAAGGUUGCAGUGAGGCGGCUAAGCGAGUGCAGCGGUGACUGGCGGUUGAAGGAGUUCGAAUCGGAGGUGGAAGCGAUCGGAAAGGUCCGUCACCCAAACAUCGUACGGCUGAGAGCUUACUACUACGCGAUGGAUGAUAAGCUUCUCAUCUCUGAUUUCAUCCCCAACGGCAGCCUGUACUCCGCGUUGCACGGUGGACCUUCGAGUUCCACACUUCCAUUAUCAUGGGCAGCGCGGCUGAAGAUCGUGCAAGGAGCUGCAAGGGGUCUAGUGUAUAUUCACGAAUGCAGCCCACGCAAGUACGUCCAUGGCAGCAUCAAAACAUCGAAGAUCCUUCUGGACGAAGAUCUCAACCCAUAUAUCUCUGGUUUUGGCCUCACCCGUCUCGUCCCGGAAACCGACAACAGGUGUUCGACGAUGGAUCAAUUGUCCAAGAAGCAAAACUCGACAUCAGCCCAGCUUGUGGUAGGAGGGUUGGGGUCCAGGGGUCCGCCCUCGUUGGCUUACAUGGCACCAGAGGCGCGAGUCCCUGGGAGCAAGCUGACCCAGAAGUGCGACGUCUACUCCUUCGGCAUUGUGCUCAUGGAGAUCCUGACGGGGCGACUGCCGGACGCAGGGCCUGAGAAUGAUGGGAAGGGGCUGGAGAGCUUGGUGAGGAAGGUGUUUCGAGAUGAGCGACCGCUGUCGGAGAUAAUAGACAAGGCGCUGCUGCACGAGGUCCAUGCAAAGAAACAGGUGCUUGCGGCAUUCCACAUAGCGCUCAACUGCACAGAGCUAGACCAAGAGAUGCGGCCGAGGAUGAGAACUGUUUCCGAAAGUCUUGAUCGCAUAGGAUCUCACUGAGUUGAGUCACUGUUGCUCUCUCAAUCUCUCUCUCCCCCAACAUCAAGCUAACUUAUUGGCUCAAGAGACAUGGAUGGGCGCUGUUAUUAGUUUAGGUUGGAUCCUGGUUCAUGUUUUCUAACUGAGGAAGGCUAUGGUUUAUUAUACUCCGACUCUCUUGCAUGUACUCCCGCGUUCUCUGUAUUUUGUAUCUUUCCCCCCUUCUCUCGUUUUUCUGAAGUUCUCUAAUUUUUUCCUUUUAUCUGUUGCAAGCUGCAAGCAACCUUGAUGGAUGAUCAUGGAGCCCAGUAAUAUUAUUAUUUUGUCUCGCUUCAA